GGCCAAAGCCUCUGAGCCCGGCUCACCUCGUCCUGCUCCCAUCCCCACACCCACUCCCUGCCUGGUGGAGAAGGGGUGGGUGGGGAGGCCUGUGGGUCCCAGCAUGGGAGGGUGUGUCUAUGCAGGAAGGGGUUCCUGCUCCAGCGACUGGAUUAGGGGGCACGCUGUCAGCCCCACCUCCAGCUGCUUUCCCAUUGCAGGCCAAGUGGGGGCCCUCUGACCCAUCUCUCCCCACGCUGUGCUCCGGCUGGAGGGAGGGGGAAGGGGCUGGGAUUGUAUGGGGCCUGGACUCAGGGGCUGGACCUCCUGCACGAGCCUAAGUGAGGGGUCCGUCUGGGGGCAGCCCUAGUGGCACCUGCUCUGUCUGCACACCUGAGCUUUGCUGGAGGAAGCCCCCUUGGGCUGAGCCAGUGGCUGAGUUCCUGGGAGUGAGGGUGGGGAGGAGGGCACAGGGCAGGGGAGAGCUGGGCCGCAGCCUGCGGGACUCCGCUGCUGGUUGGCACUUGUUACCUCCGCCCCACUCCCGCGGGGUGAAGAGCCCAGACAAGGCCGCCCUGGUUCCAGUUGUCCCGGGUGACGGCAGAGCCUUCUGCCUGGACAAAGGCAGCUUGUUUAAUGCCCGGCCCCCUCCCCCCAGCCAGCUGGCCUGGCCCGCCCUUGGGGUGAUGGAAUGGAGGGGAGCUGUUCUCCUGAGAACCGUCGCCCUUGCAGCCCCCCGCAUGACCUGGAGUGAUCGCUAUGGGCUUCUGGAGGCUUCGGAGGCUGUGCCCGGGCUCUGAGCGGCCCUAGGUCUGCAGGCUGGCUGGGCGUGGGCCGCAGACAUGGCCCAGCCGCCAGCCUUUGUCUUCAACGUCCCGGAGACCCCAGAGGACCAGGGCCAGGACCCCAGCCCCUAUGAUGAGAGCGAAGUGCACGACUCCUUCCACCAGCUCAUUCAGGAGCAGAGCCUGCGGGCGGCUGAGGAGGGUCUGGAAUUACGGGUCCUCCCCCAGAGGGAGCCGGGGCCCGAAACCCUGGGGGCCUCAGAACUUCUGGACAUGUCUUUCUGCUUUGUAGGCAGUGGCCACCAGGCCCUCCUGGGGCCCGAGGGUGUCCCUGACUACAGCACGGCCACGCUCCGCAUCUUGGCCAGCAUGCCCAGUCGCACCAUUGGCCGCAGCCGAGGCGCCAUCCUCUCCCAGUACUACAACCGCACGGUGAGGCUGCGGCGCAGGGGCAGCCGGCCCCCUCUGGGGGGUGUGGGGCGCUCCGCCCGGCCCAGCCUCCGCCUCUACGACCUGGAGCUGGACCCCACGGCCUUCCAGGAGGAGGAGAAGCGGACUCUCCUGGUGAAGGAGCUUCAGGGCCUGACAGUGACCCAGCGGGACCACAUGCUCCGCGGGAUGCCCUUGAGUCUGGCUGAGAAACGCUCCUUGCGGGAGGAGAGCUGGACCCAGAGCGGGAAGCAGAGGGGCCCGCAGGGCCGUCGAGGGCUCCUGCCCUGCUGUAGCCGGCUCCGAUAUGCCUGUGGCCUGGCCUUGCACAGCCUGGGGCUGGCGCUGCUCUCAGCGCUGCAGGCCCUGACGCCGUGGCGCUACGCCCUGAAGCAGAUCGGGGGCCAGUUCGGCUCUAGCGUGCUGUCCUACUUCCUCUUCCUCAAGACCCUGCUGGCCUUCAACGCCCUCCUGCUGCUGCCGCUGCUGGCCUUCAUCGUGGGCGUGCAGGCCGCCUUCCCGCCAGCCCCCGCGGGCUCUGUCCCCACCUUCACGGGCCUGGAGCUCCUCACUGGUGGGGGCCGCUUCUCCCACUCCGUCAUGUACUACGGCUACUACAGUAAUACCACGCUGAACCAGCUGUGUGGCCCCCCACUGGAUGGCAGCCAGUGCACCCCUGAGGCGGGGGGCCUGCCCUACAACAUGCCCCUGGCUUACCUCUUCACCAUGGGCAUGUCCUUCUUUAUCACCUGCAUCACCCUGGUGUACAGCAUGUCCCGCUCUUUUGGGGAGAGCUACCGGGUGGGCAGCACCUCGGGGGUCCACGCCAUCACCGUUUUCUGCUCCUGGGACUACAAGGUGACUCAGAAAUGGCCCUCGCGUCUGCAGCAGGACAACAUCCGAACCCAGCUGAAGGAGCUGCUGGCUGAGUGGCAGCUGCAGCAGGGCCCACGGAGCGUGUGGGGGCGCCUGCGGCAGGUGGCUAUCCUGGGGUUCGUGUGGCUGCUGUGCCUGGGGACCACGCUGGGCUGCACUUUGGCCGUCUACGCCUUCUCUGAGCUCAUGAUCAAGAACCCAGUGUCUGCUGAGCGGGAGUGGGAGCUGCUGGCCCUGCCCCUGGUGGUCUGCCUCCUCAACCUGGGGGCCCCCUACCUGUACCGUGGCCUGGCCGCCCUGGAGCGGCACGACUCCCCCAUACUGGAGGUAUACGUGGCCAUCUGCAGGUGUGUGACCCGGUGGGGCAGGUGGGCCUUCCUGGGCCAAGGCCUCUGUCUCCCAGGUGCCCCUCCCUCGGCCUCCACACCUCUCGUCCUCCGCAGGAACCUCAUCCUAAAGAUGGUCAUCCUAGGGAUUCUUUGCUACCAUUGGCUGGGCCGCAGGGUGGGCGCCCUGAAGGGCCAGUGCUGGGAGAACUUCGUGGGCCAGGAGCUGUACCGGCUCAUGGUGAUGGACUUCGUCUUCACGCUGCUGGACACGCUUUUCGGGGAGCUGGUGUGGAGGUUCAUCUCUGAGAAGCAGCGUAAGAAGCGGGGGAAGCCAGAGUUCGACAUUGCCCGCAAUGUUCUAGAACUGAUUUACGGGCAGACGCUGACCUGGCUGGGGGUCCUCUUCUCGCCCCUCCUCCCUGCCAUGCAGAUCAUGAAGCUGCUGGUCCUCUUCUAUGUCAAGAAGACGAGCCUGAUGGCCAACUGCCGGGCGCCCCGCAGGCCCUGGCUGGCUUCCCACAUGAGCACCGUCUUCGUGUCGCUGCUCUGCUUCCCCUCCUUCCUGGGCGCUGCCGUCUUCCUCUGCUACGCCAUCUGGCAAGUGAGGCCCUCGAGCAUCUGCGGCCCCUUCCGGACCCUGGACACCAUGUAUGAGGCGGGCAAGGUGUGGGUGCGCCACCUGGAGAAGGCGGGCCCCAGGGUCUCCUGGCUGCCCUGGAUCCACCGGUACCUGGUGGAGAACACCUUCCCCAUCUACCUGGUGUCGGCUCUGCUGCUGGCUGUGAUCUACCUCAACAUCCAGGUGGUGAAGGGCCAGCGCAAGGUCAUCUGCCUCCUCAAGGAGCAGAUCAGCAACGAAGGGGAAGACAAAAUCUUCUUAAUCAACAAGCUUCACUCUGUCUACGAGGGGAAGGAGAGGAGCAGGGUUGGGAGAGCCCAGGAGGCCGAGGUGCCCCCAACAUUGCCUGCAGAUGAGCGGGACGCCCGGUAGGACAGCGAUGUGUCUGGCAGCCCUGUGUCUGCUCACAGCUCGGCCUGCACCCUGUGUCACCCUCCGUCCCCACGGCCCUGCAGGCAGAGAUGCUGGCCCGAGACUGCACUGGUCCCUCUGGCUGACCCCGCUUGGACACAGGAGGGUGACAGGACUCUGUGGCCAUCUGAGGCUGGGGCUGGAGGGUGGGUGAAUGGGACCCUGCCCUGCCCAGACUCUAUUUAUUCUGAUUAAACAUGUUUUGCAAAAUGG